AGGGAGAUCUGUGCAGGUCUGGAGUUCAGUUGGUCGUGGAUUCAUGCUGGUUAGGGGAAGUGCUGGUGUAGGCGAGGUUAUAGAGCGAGGUGGGGACCCUACCGACCGCGUAUUCUAUGUAUGCUACGAUGUUAAUGCAUCUGAUUGUACAUUGCCAGCAGUGCGCAUAGUUGUUUGUGCUCCGUAAUAUUUGUUGUUUUCUGUCUGCAUCGCGUCUCAGCCGCGAACUUUAUCGGCGCUGCCGUGUCGUGCUUUGAGCAACGGACCGUGAUUUCGAUGGAGCCAAAAUGGUCGAGCCCAUCUUUGACUAUCAGUUCCGGCUAAUACUGAUCGGCGACAGUACUGUCGGAAAGAGCACGCUGCUCAAAGCGUUUACCGACGGCAAGUUUCACGACGUCUGCGAUCCGACUGUCGGCGUCGACUUCUUCGCAAGGCUCAUCGAGGUGAAGAAGGAUGUCAGAGUGAAACUUCAACUGUGGGACACCGCCGGACAGGAGCGAUUUCGUUCCAUCACGCGCUCCUACUACCGCAACUCUGUGGGUGCCCUUCUUCUGUAUGAUAUAACCAGGAGAGCCAGCUUUGAGCACUUGGUCGACUGGCUGUUCGAAGUCAAGCGGCACAUUGAGCCGCACAAGGUCAUCUACCAGGUGGUAGCAUGCAAGGCAGACAUGGAGGUAUCACGGGAGGUGAGCACCGAGGAAGGCCAAGCCUUUGCCGAGUUCUAUGGAGCCAAGUUUAUUGAAACAUCGUCCAAGACGGGCCUCAACGUGGAGCGAGCUUUUGAGACAAUUGCACGCGACAUCUAUGCCAAGGUGGAGUCGGGCGAGUUUCAGCUUGAGGAUGGCUGGGAUGGUGUCAAAAUGGGCUUUUUACGGCCUGGACUGCCUGGAUGCUACAUUGACUUGCUAGAAGCCAAACCAGAAUCCCCAAGCUGCUGCUAGACCAGUGGGCUGUUACCGUCCAGUGUAUUUUACUAACAUAGUGAUUAUAGAGUGUAAUAUGUGCAAACUCUGGUGAAGUGGCUGUUGAAUCUAGUGAGAUGUGUGUGCUAAGCACUUGGCAUAGAUUCUCAGGUGGUGUCUGCAAUGAGCAGCUUCUUAGAAAAAGCUGGAACAUGGCCAAGGGCCAAUCAAGUCUCUCUUCUUGGUAAAUGACACAUGCUGUGCUGUUAAUGUUGGCUUAAGCAUUUAUCAGCCUUCAAAGGGCUAACUGGUGUGUCCCCUGCUGCGUACAUUACAAGCUCUCACCAUGUUCUGGAAUGUGGAAAUGUGUCUGUGCUAAAUUGCAGCCUUUCCGCUAGCUUGUGCUGUCUUGAAAUAGCUACAUGGCCAUGCGCCCUGAAUUUCUGGAGGAUAACUGGACAAACAGAAUUUUCACAAAGCUUUUCAUUUUGUUUGACGUCUCUGCCCCACUUCUGUAUUCAAACUAGGUCUGAUUACCUUCAUUUAUUUAACUUGCCACAACUGAACAUCAAAACACCAGUGACAGUUGCUCUUUCUUGCCAUUAUGUGUGCAAAUCAUUUUACUAAAAGCUUGAAUAUCUAUGGCUAAAGACGAACAUUUGUUACAAUUGGGAGGAAUGAGGGACAGAUCCAAAACUUGACAGAAAUUUUGUGCACUAGUGUAAAGCAAACAGGAGACAGUACUGUGUGCUAGCCACAACAGAAUGAAGGCUGCAUUAAUAUUUGUGAGUGCUGUGGGGUUUAAUGGUGGGAGCAUUAUAUGUGUAAACUUAAGUUGACAGCAAGUAAGAUUGACAUGAACUGGUUGCUCCUACAGAACUUUACAAAUGUUCGCCGUUUUAUUCUUGUUCAUAUUUUAGUUGAAUCGCUCCAUGUCUCUUCCUUACCAAAUUGUACUGUGUGAAGCAAAUGAAGUGUGCUCACUGAACUUGGACGCUUGGAAGCUGUG